GGGCGUCCCUACUACUACAACCUGGACACGGGAGUGAUGACCUGGGAGUCACCCUUUGAGACUGCCGAGGGCUCCGCUAGCCCAGCCACCUCCCUGACCUCGGUGGGCAGCCGCGAGAGCCUGGAGACCGAGUGGGGCCAGUACUGGGAUGAGGAGAGCCGCAGGGUGUUCUUCUACAACCCCCUGACCGGCGAGACCGCCUGGGAGGACGAGCCGGAGGACGACGAGCUGGAGAUGCAGCCGAGCCUGAGCCCCGGCAGCCCCAGGGACCCGAGGCCCCCCACCCCCGAGACGGACUACCCCGAGUUGCUGACCAGCUACCCGGAGGAAGACUAUUCCCCCGUGGGCUCCCUCGGUGAGCCCGGCCCCACCUCUCCCUUGACCGCACCCCGCUGGUCUUGUCACAUCAGCCAGGACAAGCAGACGCUUUACACCAACCACUUCACCCAAGAGCAGUGGGUGAGGUUGGAGGACCAGCACGGGAAACCGUACUUCUACAACCCAGACGACUCCUCCGUCCGGUGGGAGCUGCCCCAGGUCCCUGUGCCUGCCCAUGGAAGCAUCCGAAAAUCCAGUCAUGACAGUGACACUCCAGCCCAGGUCAGCCCCCCUGAGAAGCACUGGGCCCCAGAGGUGGGUGAGGUUGGGAAGUGGGAAGGAAUCUCUCCUGCCGCUGCUGCUGGGGAGCAGAUCAAGACCCUGGACAAGGCAGGGAUGCUGCGUCGCACCAGGACGGUGGACGAGGCAAAGCGGCUCCGGAAGAAGCACUGGAGUGCCUCCUGGACGGUGCUGGAGGGUGGUGUCCUGACAUUCUUCAAGGACUCAAAGACCUCAACUGCAGUUGGCCUGAGGCAGCCCUCCAAGUUCUCCACCCCUGAGUAAACGGUGGAGCUGAAGGGGGCCUCUCUCUCCUGGGCCCCCAAAGACAAAUCCAGCAAGAAGAAUGUGCUGGAGCUACGGAGCCGAGAUGGCUCGGAGUACCUGAUCCAGCACGACUCAGAGGCCAUCGUCAGCACCUGGCACAAGGCCAUCGCCCAGGGCAUCCAGGAACUGUCCGCAGACUUGCCCCCGGAGGAGGAAAGUGAGAGCGGCAGUGUGGACUUCGGGUCCAGUGAGCGCCUGGGGAGCUGGCAGGAGAAAGAGGAUGACACGCGGCUGAGUACAGGCGCAUCCGCCCUGGUCCCCGAGGGUCUGGAGAGCGACCGGAAGAAGGUCCAGCACAAGCUCCGCAAGUUUCUGCAGAGGCGGCCCACGCUGCAGUCGCUGCGGGAGAAGGGCUACAUCAAAGACCAGGUGUUCGGCUGUGCCCUGGCAGAGCUGUGCGAGCGCGAGCGCAGCCCGGUGCCGCGCUUCGUGCAGCAGUGCAUCCGCACCGUCGAGGCGCGCGGGCUGGACAUCAAUGGGCUGUACCGCAUCAGUGGAAACCUGGCCACUAUCCAGAAGCUGCGCUAUAAGGUGGACCAGGAUGAGCGCCUCGACCUGGACGACGGACGCUGGGAGGACGUGCACGUUAUCACCGGCGCGCUGAAGCUCUUCUUCCGGGAGCUGCCCGAGCCCCUCUUCCCCUUCUCACACUUCCGCCAGUUCAUCGCGGCCAUCAAGUUGCAGAAUCAGGCCCAGCGCAGCCGCUGUGUGGGUGACCUGGUGCGCUCGCUGCCCGCCCCCAACCACGACACGCUGCGGCUGCUCUUCCAGCACCUGUGCCGGGUGAUCGAGCACGGCGAGCAGAACCGCAUGUCGGUGCAGAGCGUGGCCAUCGUGUUCGGGCCCACGCUGCUGCGGCCGGAGACAGAAGAGACCAGCAUGCCCAUGACCAUGGUGUUCCAGAACCAGGUGGUGGAGCUCAUCCUGCAGCAGUGCUCGGAUAUCUUCCCGCCGCACUGACUGCGGACCUGGGACUGGGGCGGCUGGAGGCCACCUGGCUGGACUUCGCCAAGACCCUCCGCCUCCCACCCGUCUGCAGGCGGUUGUGACGUUCGCACCGCUCCCCCUCUCGCCCCCCCCCCCCCCCCCCCGCCGCGGGUCCGAGGCUAUGGUGACCCCUGGUGGGCAAAAUGUGAUUUUUCUGGGGCAUGUCCUGUUAGGGGUUAACCGGGUUCUGCUUUCUAUCGCGGCGCCGCCCGCUGUGCGCGUGCGACAGUGUGUGGGGGUGAGUUUGCUGGGAGGGACCGCAUUGGGAGGAGGAAUUUGGUGAGGGGCUUCCUGGCUGCUUCAGGCCUUCACCAAGACCCCGUGUGCCCCAGCCCUGUGCGGACCAUGAAGCAGCUGAGACACCUUCCCCGCUGCCCAAACAGGACUAACCUGGCCUCCAGCAUGGGCAGCCGGACCUGCCUUCCUCAGGCCUCGGGGGUGACACUGCCGCGGGCCCCUCUGGCAGGCUGGCUGCGGACCAGUUUCAGCUGCCUUCCUCUCCAUGCUCCUGCCCUCCCUGGCCCACUCGUGUUCUGUGCAAGGGUUCUUCAUGGUGGCUAAAUAUGCACCAUUUCCACACACCAUCCCAUUUUAUAGAUGAGGUGACUGAGGCUUGGAGAGGCAAAGUGACUUAUUCAGGGUCCAGUGGAUGAUGACUUCCCAGAAAAGGCUCCCCUCACACUAGAGCACAGCCAGGGGUGGGGUGGGGGGGAUCAGUCCUUUCAGCUGCCCAACCCCCAACCCCCAACCCCAGCAUGGGCCUGUGAGCAGAGCAAGGGGACUAAGGUGGGUGUUUUCUGUCUGGGCCUGAAGGCAAAGAGGGAACCUGCCCCAGCUGUUCUCCCCUGGGGGACGGGGACGGGGCAAAGCACUGGCAGGAGCCCCCUGCCCCUCUUAGCCCUCUAGCUGUCAAGGAUCCCCGCCUGGUGCCCACCUAACAGGAAGAGGUGGGAGAGUCUGCGGGGUGGGGGGAAAGAGGACGCAAUCCCAGGAUCGGAAGUGUGACCCCUGGGGUCCGCAGCCCCUUUCCUCCUGAGACAUGAGCCACCUCAGUUUACAGAUCUCGGCCCCCAGCCCUACCCACCUGUUCAUUUAUUCAAAACAUGACAGCUACUAUUUAUUGGGCAUUUGUACCAUGCCAAGUAUUUUACCUGGCCUAUCUCAUUGUUCCUCACAGCCAAUAUUUAUUGUCUGCUCUUCUGUGCCAGACACUGUGCCCUGGGGCGGGGACUGCACACGCUGCCUGCCCUGGUGGAGCCUAUGGUCCGGCAGGUGGGGCUGACCCACGCCCACCCCAGUGCCAGCGGGGCCAGGGCAAGAGUACACACGGAGGGCUCACCCCGUAUGUCUAGACAUUUGGAAGUUACAAAUCAAGCUAGCAACUGUUAAAUAAAAUACGUUCUAUUCUCCUA